AUGGCGAUCACACUGAGAAUGCUCUGUUCGUUUCUUUCUUCAUUCACUGUAAUCGUUUUUAUCUUUUAUUCGUUCCUUUCCUUCCGUUUUAGGCUGAGUUUUUUUGUUUCAUUAAUUCGCUUCAAUCCUUACUUUCCUUGUCCAAUUGGCCUCUUUCAUCCAUUUUUUUUAAUUACUUUCAUUUCUUCCGCAGUAUAUUUCGCUUCUGUUGCAUCUGAUUUUGAGUUUUUUUUUUUAUUUCAAUUUCUUUCUCUUUUUCUGCUCAAUUCGUUUCUUUUAAUCUUUUUUCUUUGUUUGUUUCUUUCUUUUCUCUCUCUUUCAAACUUGCGGCUUUCAUCCGUUUUCUUUUUAAAUACCUUUCCCUCUUUCUUAGAGUCAACUUGCUUCUCUCAAAUUUUCUUUAUUCCAUUCUCUCUUUCCUCUUCGCAUAUUUUUCUUUCCUUCCCUUUCUUAAAUUUUUUCUCGCUCUCCUCCUGCCAUUUUUACUCUCUUUCCUUUUCUCGGUUCCUUUCUUCCCAAAUCUCUUCUUUCUUUCGUUUCCUUCAUUCCUUUUUUUUCAAUCCUCUUUCCGCUUUUCUUCAUUUCUUUCUCGACCUCCUUUUCCCAAAUCUUUUUUCAUUCUUUUACUUCAGUUUUUUUUUUCACAUUUCUCUGCGCAACUCCAUUCUUUCAUUCUUUUUCUUCAUUCAUUCAACUCAUUCAUCUAAACAAAUCGUCUUUCAUUUCUUUUCCUCGUUUAUUUCUCUACUGCUUACCUCGAUCCUUUCAUUCAUUUUAUUUUUCUUCCUUUCUUUCUUUCUCAUAUUCUCUCUCUUUCUUUCAUUUUUCUACCUUUCCUUCUUUUUCUUUCUUUCUUUCUUUUUUCUUUCUCUCUCUCUUUCUUUCAUUCUUUCUUUCUUACUUUCUUCCAUUUUUUCUCUCUCUCUUUCUUUCUUUCAUUCUCUCUUUCUUUCUUUUUUUUCUUACUUUCUUAUAUUCCAUUUCUUUAUCCCUCUUUCUUUCUUUUAUUCUCUCUCUCUUUCAUUCCCUCUUUCUUUCUUUCUUUCUUUCUUUCUUUCUUUCUUUCUUUCUUUCUUUCUUUCUCUUGUUUACCUCGCUACUCUUUUGGAUUUUCUCGUUCUUUGUUUUCUCUCCCUGCUUAAUUCUCUUCUUUCAUUCAUUUGCACUUUCUUUCUUUCUUUCUUUCUUUCUUUCUUUCUUUCUUUCUUUCUUUCUUUCUUUCUUCGGACCAAGUCACUUUUUCCUCUCUUUUCAUUAUCCAUUUCUCUCUUUUGUGUUCAAAUCCAUUCUUUUAUUCAAAAUGUUUUUCAUUCCUUUAUUUCCUUCCUCUGCGCCUCUCUUUUCUUUCAUUGCUUUUCUCUCUUUCAUUACUGCCCAUUAUCUAUUCAUCUCUUUGUCUUUCGUUUUCUCUCUACCUUCCAUUGUCCUUCUGUUGUCCACAUCGCAUCUUUUCUUCCUUCACUUAAAUCCCUCCUCCUCUCCUUUUCUCUAUCCAACUCGUUUCUUUACCUCCUCAUAUCAUUUUGA